AUGUGCAUAUGCUCCCGUGGGUCCAUCACGGUUGAGAACAAGAAAUACUAUUUCGUUCAGAAGCUAGAUGAAGGUGGAUUCAGUUAUGUGGAUCUUGUGGAAGGUGUAAAAGAUGGGCACUUUUACGCUUUGAAGAGGAUCCUAUGUCAUGAUCGUGAGGGGCGGCAGGAAGCCCAGACAGAGAUCGAGAUGCAUCAACUGUUUAGUCAUCCCAACAUCUUAGGUCUAGUGGCACACACCUUUGUUGAACGUGCCGGCAAAACUGAAGCAUGGUUACUCCUGCCUUAUAUGAGCAAGGGAAGUGUGUGGUCAGUUCUUGAGAAACUUCGAGACAAAGGCACUUCAAUGCCUGAAAAAAAGAUUCUUCAAAUUUUCCACAACAUCUGCGCUGGACUCAAGGCAAUCCAUGAGCGGGGCUAUGCACACAGGGAUAUAAAACCAACCAAUGUGCUUCUGGAUGAAAACGACAAGCCGGUAUUGAUGGAUCUAGGAUCCAUGAACCGGGCCAGGAUAGAGGUCAGAGGAAGCAGGGAAGCGAUGAGCGUUCAGGACUGGGCCGCACAGCGAUGUACUAUUUCCUACAGAGCUCCUGAACUCUUCAACGUGGAAAGCCACUGUAUUAUUGACGAGCGCACUGAUAUCUGGUCGUUGGGCUGUGUGCUGUACUGCAUGAUGAUGCAGGAGGGGCCCUAUGACCUCAUCUUCCAAAAGGGCGACAGUGUGGCUCUCGCUGUGCAGAACCCUGUGACCAUCCCACAGUCCUGCCGUUACUCUGAAGGCCUGAAAGUCUUGCUGAGCUCCAUCAUGGUGACAAACCCUCAGGAGCGACCCAACAUCAGCUGGGUCCUGGACCAGGUACAGGACUUGCAGAGCCGCAGCCCCAACACUCAAACCAACAUGGUGUGA